GAGUCUACUCCACCUUUUUUCCUGCCCUCUCACCUUCACACCCCUUCUACCAGUAUCCCUUCUUGUUUUUCCCAAGUGCCACUUCACACCCCACCCUUCCCCAAAAUGCCCGCCUCUAAGUACGUUGAAGCCAUCUCGAAGCGCCGCAGCAUCUACAACCUCGGUAACAAGCUGCCGAGGAGCCACGCUGAGGUAACGAAGACCAUCGAAGACGCGAUCCGUCAGUGUCCCUCGUCCUUCAACGUGCAGAGCUCGCGCGCGGUCAUCUUGUACGGCAACAGCCACAAGAAGGUGUGGGACAUCGUGAAGGCGGCGCUGAAGAAGGUCACGAGCGCGGAGCAGUACGCGGCGAGCGAGGCGAAGGUGAACGGGUGCUUCCUCGCGGGUGCGGGCACCGUGUUGUUUUAUGAGGACACCGAAGCCAUCAAGGGCCAACAAAAGGCCUACCCCCUCUACGCGGACAACUUCCCUGUGUGGUCGCAGCACUCAUCCGCGAUUGCUCAGUUUGCUGUGUGGACGGCGCUGGCGCAGGACGGCAUCGGUGCCUCUCUGCAGCACUACAACCAGUUGAUUGAGGCUGACCUCCGCCAGGCCUUCGACAUUCCGGAGCACUGGAGUCUGAUCGCGCAGAUGCCGUUCGGUUCGAUUGAGAAGCCGGCGGAUCCGAAGACGUACAUCGAUGAUGAGAAGCGCUUCAUCGUGCGCGGCGAGUAG